AUUUUUUUUAGCUGUUUCCUGCAUAAUUUAUAAAAUCUCAAUCAAUAGGUGAGUUUAAAUCACACAAUUUCAACAAAAACUUUAUUUUCUCUAUAUAGGAAAAUGAACCAAGGUGAAGGAAAUUAUUACCACUUGCCGGAUAACAAUUACGAUAACGGCUACACGAACGAGUAUGGAGAUUUCGUUCAGAAUUAUGCGCCGUUAGGCUUGGAAGUUCCAAAUACACGGCUUUAUUCAGACAGUAAUACACCUAUCUACGAAGAAACCAAUCUGAGAAAUUCACAAUAUUAUUAUCAUCAAUCGCAACCUUUAGAUCUUUCAAAUAACUCAGAUGUUAGAUAUUUGAACCCUGCAGCACCCAGAGACUAUUAUAAUGAGGCUUAUCAAGCCGAUUACCCUCCUCAAGCUGUUUAUCCCCAACAAGCCAAACCCAAAUUUAGUCAAUACGACAACAAUCAAUACGUUUACCCAGAAGAAGAACCAUUACCUAACAAUUAUUACUACGAAAAUAAUACCAAUAAUUGUAAAUAUUGUGAAUACAAAAAAACCUAUUAUCCGGAACUUUAUCAGAGGGACCUGCUUCGUUCCCAGGCCGCAAAAGAAUCGGAAUACUACGCACAAGAAUCAAGAAAAAAGUUGCCGAAACCCUCCAAAAAAUACCCAGUGACUGUGAAAAUGUCCAAGUACGUUAAAAAUACGAAUCCCGCAAAAUCGUCGGCUUUGUGUUUGCCCGUUGUCACUCAACCUUUGGUCAGGCGAAAAAGCAAAACGAAUCAGCAAACUAAAAAAAAUUACCACCCGCAAUCUGAUGAGUUUAUGGAAAACGAUCCUCGCACCAACAACGACAAUUACUCCGCUCACAAAAUGCACUCUCAGGGUGACGUUAAGAACUUAGACGGAAUCGGAAACUUGUUGGAAAAGCUGAAACACCCUGACGAAUCGUUCGAAGAAGAGCCUCAAACUAUAACGGACAAAAAUAAAAUAAAGGAAUUGGCGAAAAUUUUAAAACCCAGAGUUCCAUCAUCGAUAAGAUUCAAACAGCAGCAACAAACCUCCGAAUCUGACCCAAAUAAUCCAUCAUACGGACCUAGGCUCAAAAUCAGUAUGGAUAAACUGUUGACCAGACUGCAAAAAUGCGAAACCUCCGACGAAAUAGUAAACGGUCUUUCGCCGAGGUCUUCGAAAACGGAAAUUUUAUCUCCGAAAACCCAAAAAGAUGCUUCAAUCAAGAAAAGCUACAAUUAUGAAGAGCUGAGCAAGAAAUGUCAAAAAAAGGAUGAAGAAUUGGCAGUUCGUACUGUGCAUAAGGCCGCAAUGAACAAAUCAGCUGAAUCUGUUGAAAAUAAGAAAAUCAUUAAAUCGUUAGACGAUAAUUGUGCAUUGGAUUUGCACAGAUCUAAAAGUUAUAUUGUUGAUUUGAUUGAUAAGGCACUCAGUAAAGAAUUGGGAACAGUUCCCAGAGGACAAUCGAUUCAUCAUAAUUUGUCACCGCAACAAGCCAUUACUACAAUAGGUAGGCAUCGUCAAAACGAUCCCGCUUGCUAUGAAUUAACACCAAAAUUAGCCAAUUCCUUUGCUUCAGCACCUGUAGAGGGAUCAAGCCGUGUGAUUUUUGAAAAAAGCGCCAGCGAUGGUCAAAUUAAACCAAACACUUCUGGUAUUGAUUGUUAUGUGAAGCAGCUGAAGCAUCUAAGGUGGGGCCACAUAAGGCAUAUUCAACACGAAGCCAAAAAGUUGGCCGAUUUGGAAGAAUUUCUAGAAAAUUGCGGCGAGAUAAGUGAUUGAAAAUAAACAUCUCGCGCAAAUUAUUAAAAAAUUAUUUGAGCUGUAACAUACGAUGAAAUAAAUUGG